UUCAAUAAUAAACGAAAAAACAAAAUUCAAAUUUCAAUUCAAAAGUGAAAAGUUCAAUCUAUUUAUUCAAUCUUGGAAUCGAACAACAACAACAACAACAGCAGCAAACACAAUGGAAACAUCGGCAACAACUACAACUGGUAAUCGUUUAUCAUCGGCAAAAUGGUCAAGAAAUUUAAACCAAGAUUGUCAAAGUGAAGCAAAUCGUUUACGUUUACUUGAACGACAACGACAAUUGAUUGAAACAAAAUUACAACGACGACAAUUGAAUCAACAGAAUGAAAAUAUUAUUAUACCAUCAUCGCCAUCAUCUUUAUUGCAGAUAAAUUCAUCAACAACAUCGACAACGACGACGACAACGACAGCAAUAACUACCAGAACAAUUCGACCGGCAACAAGUAUUGGCAAUUUAAGAUCCGGUAUUGGUAUCACUGGUGAUUAUGUUGGUGGUUCUCGUGCCAUUCAACCACCACCACCACCACCACGUUUAUCAACAGAUUCAUCAGAUUCAUCAUCAAUAUUUCAACGUAAUAAUUCCGAUGAUGAUGAUGAUGAUGAUGAUGGUGAUCGUGAUUCAACAAUAAUGAUGAAGAAUCGUCAUUUAAUGAUGAAAAAUCGUGCAAGAACAUCGGUUCCUGGAUCAAGACCAAUAUUAACAUCGAUGGAUAGUAAUAAUCAUUUUCAACAACAGCAGCAGCAGAAAUUAUCGACAAAAUUUAAUCAAGAACAAAAAAAUGGUAAAUUUUUAUCAAAUUCAAAUACCAAAUCAUCACAACGAUCUAAUAUGUUGAUGAUGAGUAAAUCGGAAGUUAAUCUACAACAAUUAAUGACAACCACAAUGGAUGCAAAUGUUGAACAAAAAUUAUCAAUGCCCAAUCCAUUGCAAACUGUAUUGACUGAUGAAGAAUUAUUAAAAUUUGUAUCACAACCAAUAUCACCGGAUGUUACAUUACAAUGUACAAUUAUUAGAGAUAAAAAAGGACUUGAUCGUUCAUUAUAUCCAACAUAUUAUAUGCAUCUACAAGAAAUUGUAUUCAAUAACAACAACAAAUCCGUUGGUGGACAAUUGGAUAAAAAUAACCAUCAACGUAAUAAUCAACAACAACAACAAGGUACAGCAACUGUUUGGAUGUCGGACAGUAUGGAAAGUAUUAAUUCAACAAAUGAAGAUUCUGCAACAACCGAUGAUGAACAACAACAACAACAGCAACAACAACAACAAUCAAUAAACAUUGCUAAUAAUAAUUCAUCGUCAACAUCAACGAAAAAAGUAUUCAUAUUAUCAGGACGACGACGAAAAAAAAGUAAAACCUAUCUAAUUGGUAAUAAUGCAUUCGAUAUAUCACGUGAUCGUUGUAUUGCAAAACUUAAAUCAAAUGUAUUGGGCACACAAUUCACUGCCAUUCGUUUACAUUCGAAUGGUGUACGUUAUGAAAUUUCAUCCAUUACAUAUGAAACAAAUGUGCUUGGAUUUAAAGGACCAAGAAAAAUGACAAUUAUUAUACCGAAACCGGAUGAGAAAACAAAUGCUCUAUGUAAUCUAUCAUUGCAAGAAGAAUUGAAACGAAAUUCAAGAGCCAUAAUGUUGUUGAAGAAUAAAACACCAAUCUGGAAUGAAGAAACACAAUCAUAUGUAUUGAAUUUUCAUGGACGUGUUACACAGGCAAGUGUUAAGAAUUUUCAAUUAGUCGUACAGAAUUUCAAUCUAGUCAACAACAACAACAACAAUAAUGAUGGCAAUAAUCGAAAAUCCAACAACAAUACUGCCGGUGAUAAUCAAUCAACAACAACAACAGCAACAAUAUUAAGACGAUCAGCUAGUUCACAUCAAUUACGUCAUAAUAAUGAUUUCAAUAAUGAUGACGAUGAUGAUUCCGAUGAUGAUGAUGAUGAUGAUGGUUCUAAAUCUGGCUAUCUAAUGGCAACAUCAUCCGAAGAUGCAAAACAAAUUGCCGAUCAUUCAAAUGAUCUAGUUUCAUUACAAUUUGGUCGUGUUAGUAAUACACAUUUCUCUUGCGAUGUUUCAUGGCCAUUAUCAUUGUUGCAAGCAUUCGCUAUUGCAUUGAGUAGUUUUGAUUCCAAAUUGGCAUGUGAAUGA